CACAUGUUCAAUUGUUUACAUCAGGAGAGAUACAUACUGUUUGAAAUGUGUAAAAUAGUGAGCUAACACAGUGUUUGUAGUUUAACGGUUGUAGCAGUAGACAUGUUGCUUUUUUGUCCGACCUGCGGGAACGUUUUAAUAGUGGAAGAAGGUCAGAAGUGUAUGAGGUUUGCUUGUAACACCUGUCCCUAUGUACACAACAUCACGAGAAAGGUAAAUAAUAGGAAGUAUCCCAAGUUAAAAGAGGUGGAUGAUGUUCUUGGUGGAGCUGCAGCCUGGGAAAACGUGGACUCUACUGCUGAAAAGUGUCCAAAGUGCGAGCAUCCUCGGGCGUAUUUCAUGCAGAUUCAGACCCGAUCUGCAGACGAGCCCAUGACGACUUUCUACAAAUGCUGCAACGCCCAGUGUGGACACCAAUGGAGGGAUUGACACAUAUAUUAUAUAUACACAUUCUAUACAUUCAAUGUUUUAUGGUCAUGUGACUGAUUACUACUUGUUUCUUUUCCUUCAUAUUUGAGCCUUUAUUUAAUGCCAAUAGGCUCUUAUAAUAAUGGAAA